CCAUGUCACCGGAAGAGUGGACCUAUCUGGUGUUUCUCCUAAUCUCCAUCCCCAUCGGCUUCCUCUUUAAGAAAGCUGGACCUGGGCUGAAGCGAUGGGGCGCAGCCGCUGUGGGCCUGGGGUUCACCUUGUUCACCUGUGGCCCCCACACCUUGCAUUCUCUCAUCACCAUCCUUGGGACCUGGGCCCUCAUUCAGGCCCAGCCUUGCUCCUGCCACGCCUUGGCGCUCGCCUGGACCUUCUCCUACCUCCUGUUCUUCCGCGCCCUCGGCCUCCUGGGCUUGCCCACGCCCACGCCCUUCACCAACGCCAUCCUGCUGCUGCUGACGCUGAAGCUGGUGAGUCUGGCCAGUGAGGUGCAGGACCUGCACCUUGCGCAGAGGAAGGAGAUGGCCGUGGGCUUCAGCAAGGGCCCCCCACUGGAACUGCUCCCCAGCGUGCCGUCUCUGAUGGAGACCCUCAGCUACAGCUACUGCUACGUGGGGAUCAUGACGGGCCCGUUCUUCCGCUACCGCACGUACCUGGACUGGCUGCAGCAGCCCUUCCCGGGCGCCGUGCCCAGCCUGCGGCCCCUGCUGCGCCGCGCCUGGCCCGCGCCGCUCUUCGGCCUGCUCUUCCUGCUGUCCUCGCACCUCUUCCCGCUGGAGGCCGUGCGCGAGGACGCCUUCUACGCCCGCCCGCUGCCCGCGCGCCUCUUCUACAUGAUCCCCGUCUUCUUCGCCUUCCGCAUGCGCUUCUAUGUGGCCUGGAUCACGGCCGAGUGCGGCUGCGUGGCCGCCGGCCUCGGGGCCUACCCUGUGGCCGCCAAAGCCCGGGCCGGGGCCGGCCCCACCCUCCAAUGCCCACCCCCCAGCAGUCCCGAGGAGGCAGCCGCCCUCCAGUACGACUAUGAGACCAUCCGCAACAUCGACUGCUACGGCACGGACUUCUGCGUGCGCGUGCGGGACGGCAUGCGGUACUGGAACAUGACGGUGCAGUGGUGGCUGGCGCAGUACGUCUACAAGAGCGCGCCCGCCCGCUCCUACGUGCUCAGGUGA